AUGCAAGAACGCGAAGGGGUCUUAUUGUGGGAGGAAACUGGUUACCUGGGUGAAAACUCACGUGGUAUGGCAUGUGACUUCUUACCUAUUCAAGUCCUGGAAUCGAACCUCGGCCGCCUGUGUGAAAGGCGAGCGGGUUACCACUGGGUCAUUAGACCAGUCUAUGAUACGUCAUUCUAUAAAAUUGAGGGGAGCGAGGAGGCAACAAAACAAGGGAACGAGGAGACAACAAAACAGGGGAACGAGGAGACAACAAAACAGGGAAACGAGGAGACAACAAAACAAGGGAACGACGAGACAACAAAACAGGGGAACGAGGAGACAACAAAAAAGGGGGAACGAGGAGACAACAUAACAUGGGAACGAGGAGACAACAAAACAAGGGAACGACGAGACACCAAAACAGGGGAACGAGGAGACAACAAAGCAAGGGAACGAGGAGACAAUAAAACAGGGGAACGAGGAGACAACAAAACAGGGGAACGAGGAGACAACAAAAAAGGGGGAACGAGGAGACAACAUAACAUGGGAACGAGGAGACAACAAAACAAGGGAACGACGAGACACCAAAACAGGGGAACAAGGAGACAACAAAGCAAGGGAACGAGGAGACAACAAAACAGGGGAACGAGGAGACAACAAAACAAAGAGGAACGAGGAGACAACAAAACAAGGGAACGAGGAGACAACAAAACAAGGGAACGAGGAGACAACAAAACAAAGAGAAACGAGGAGACAACAAAACAAGGGAACGAGGAGACAUCAAAACAAGGGAACGAGGAGACAACAAAACAAGGGAACGAGGAGACAACAAAACAGGGGAACGAGGAGACAACAAAACAAGGGAACGAGGAGACAACAAAACAGGGGAACGAGGAGACAACAAAACAAAGAGGAACGAGGAGACAACAAAACAAGGGAACGAGGAGACAUCAAAACAAGGGAACGAGGAGACAACAAAACAAGGGAACGAGGACACAGCAAAACAGGGGAACGAGGAGACAACAAAACAAGGGAACGAGGAGACAAUAA